AUGGACCCAAACAAGCCAAGUACAACAACAUUGCCCCAGGCAACUAAUGUUGUGGCUUCAGUAACAAACAACAAUAACAAUAACAAUAAUAAUAGCAGCAACAACAGUAGUAAACAACAAAACUUAUAUCAAAGUAAUGGAAAUGACAAUGAUGGAUUGCCAGACGGAUCAGAUGCAUUCAGGAUCAUACUUGAGGAUCUAGAGUUUGGUCCACAGAUUGGAAAGGGUGCCUAUGGAAAGAUAUUUAAAGGAGAAUACUUUGGGACACCUGUUGGUAUCAAGGAGAUCACACUAUCGCCAAACAAUUCACAAUAUAAGGACCUGAUAAAGUUCAUCAAACGAGAGGUAGCCAUGCUGAGGUUCUCACAUCCCAACCUGGUACAGUUCAUCGGUGUCGCUGAGAAGGGUCAGACAUUAUACAUCGUCACAGAGUUUGUUACAGGUGGAGAUCUUGCUUACUAUCUAUUCAAGAAUAAGAAUGAGGAUACUGAUGCUUUCAUGAAUCGAAAGGUUAACAUUGGUAGUAGUAGCACACCUGAUAUUGACACGAUGGGCGAGCGAUUGGUCAGCAUGAGCUGGCCUCUGAGGAUAAAGAUAGCAUAUGAUGUGGCUUGCGCAAUGGCUUAUCUGCACUCUAGACACGUGAUUCAUCGCGAUCUAAAGUCGACAAACUUGUUGGUGUGCGAGAGUUGGAAGAUAAAGGUGUGCGACUUUGGCUUUGCCCGUACCGCUGGGCUCAAUGGACGUGCCAAGCGAACAAUGACGAUAUGUGGCACGAACAACUGGAUGGCGCCCGAGGUCAUACUCGGACAGGACUACAAUGAGACGUGCGACGUCUUUUCCUACGGCAUUGUGCUAUCAGAGAUCAUCACGCGACUAGAGACCACGAGCAACAUGCGACCUCUCUCACUUCGAUACGGACUGGACGUUGAUAUACUCCUGCCUCUGGUGCCCAAGGACUGUCCGCCGCCAUUCCUAAAGCUGGCACUGGACUGCACAGAGUACGACCCAGACCUGCGACCAACCUUCAAGGAGAUCACAGAGCGACUCAAGAGUCUGACAAAGCGUCUGGCCGUCACGGCCAUCUUGCCUCCAUUGCGAGUAUUGGCUCCCUCUCCAAUGGCCUCGCCUCAUGUCAGUGUCAAGGAUCCACGCGAUCUAACAGCUGCAUCACCUCGAUCAAUAUGUGAUGAUGAUGAUGAUAGCAGUGAUUUAGACUCUGAUGAUUCGGAUGAUGUCGAUGAUUCAGAAGAAGAUGAUGAAGAUGCGAGCUACAGUGAUAGUGAUGAUGAUGAGGAGGAGCUUGAGGAACUAGCACAUAACUCAAAGUCAAACAACAAUGGUAGUAAUAGCAGCAGUGGCAGCAACAAUAGCAAAGACAAUAUCAAUAGCAGCGACAGCAGCGGCGGCAAGAGUGGCAGCGGCAACAACAACAACAAUAACAAUAAUAUCAAACAACAAUCAUCAAAACAACCGACGACAAACCAAUCAAACAAGAUGGGAUAUAUCAUCAAACAUUCAGAAGGCAUCAACAUAACAUCAACGGCAAUCUCACCAUCGUCAAGCCUAACCAGACAUUCGCCAGUGUCGUUUUCACCUCCAUCUUCUGCCAACACCUCCAAGUCACCAUCACCAACCAACCUCUCGCCCAAGACUCCCAACAACAACAACAACAACAAACCAGCAGCAAUACAUUCAACUCCAUUACCAACAACGAAUGGUUUCAAAUCACCAAAGAACAAUCAUCAAUCGCCUCUUCGCCAAUGCAUUGGCAACUCUGACCUUCUGCCUGCGCCCACUCUGUCCUCGUUGCUGAGUGGCGUUUCUACCUCCAAUGGAAGUUCAAGAGAGCGAGAGGAUCUCAACUCGGUCUGGUCUCCAGUCGCAUCGCCCAACAGUCCCAAUGUACAUUUAUCGAGUGGCGCCAACGUUUAUCAUUCACCAAGCUUGACAAGAGUUGUCAAUAGCUAG